GUGGUCCGGGUGUUCGGCACAUCGCUGUUCGAAGAGGUGGAACGGAUCGACACGUUGGACGCCAAUCAGUUGUCUACCGGCGCCGUCUCUGCCGUCGAUGAGGACGAGUCGGCCAUCGGCGAGGAACUGGUGGGCGAAGACACGUCGGGGCAGAACCUGUUCGGCAGCGCCAGAGACGCCGUCUACGAUAUCGUACGCAAAGCGGCCCAAGCGCUCAAUGGCAAUCAGAAGGAAGCGCCGGAAUCGACGCCCAAUGAGACCAAUACUGUGCCGACAAACAGGUCGACCGAUUGCUGGGAAUUGUUUGCCAUUCGUUUGUAUCCAAAAGUAGACAAAUAUCUGCGGAUUUGCGCCACAAAUGGGAACCAAUCGACGAGUUGCCUGUAUCUGAAGGCACUGUUCGGUCUGCCGUUGUAUCAGUUAAUGAUCGAUCAGUACAUGUCUGUCAACAACGUGUCGAACCCGUGGCCGCCGACCAUAAGCUCACUAUUCCAGUGCAACGCCCAGAAAAAGGAGACCAUUUCCGUCACCAAUGAGUCCAUUAAUGUGGAGUCGAGUCUCGUUUCGCGCGACUUUGAGUCGAUCGCACCGACAAAGCCUAUUGCGAACGACUGGGCGCCGGCGCCGGUAUCCUCAAUAGACUCCAUGGUUCCCGCGUUCAACAGCGCCUCCAUUCAGAUGGACAGUGUGUCGACGUUUGCCCGAUCGACGCCCUCGUCGACCUCUAUAGUGCCCACUCAUGUGGUGACCAGUGAUGGCGGUGUCGGACAACAGGCCUCCACCGAUGACCACAAAGAGUCGGCUGUUCCGCAGCCCCUGUCCAACGAGUCCACGACCGCCGACUCGUCUAAGUCUGUGUCGGCUAAUAGCGAGGACUUGUCUGCCGUCCCCCUGACGAACACAAAUAAUACUGAGACUACAGGUGCUGCCAGUGCUGAAGAUACCAGCGCUAACGUGACGACGCCUAUCACUGCUCCCAUUAAUGGUCAACAAGUGGUUCCCGCGAAUGGGCAGCCUUUGAAUGGCAACGCAAACGGAUAUCUUAUGGGUGGUGUAGGAAUGGGAGGCAAUACAAAGGAGUCGGUCGUCAUACGACUGACCAAUCGGAUCAAAUCGCUGGAAGUGAAUCUGUCUCUGAGUUCGCAAUAUUUGGAACAAUUGUCUCAAAGAUAUCGCAAACAAAUGGAAGAAAUGCAAAGAGCUUUCAAUAUAACGAUCAGU